AUGCAGACGCGCAGAGAGCUUCAGCAACGCAUGCGAGGUUUGCAAAGGCAGAUGAUCGAAAGGCCAGACGACUUUCUGCAAGCGGACCCCAAGGCUCUCCUCGACUUCUACGAACAGUCGGACCGUAUUAUUAAGGACGUGAAGCAGACGGUCGAGGCUGCCAUCGACUCGCGCGGGCUGGUGAUUGCCUCUGACCUGGCCGCUCGCCGCGUGCAACGGCUGACUUCGGGAAACGUCGGGAACGGAAUCGACGUCGACGAGUUCGUCUCAAAGUGCAUCACGUACAUGCGACAAGGCCGCGGGUUUGCGGACGACCACGCUGCCGAGCUUUCAAGCACCCAGAGGAGGAGGCGUCAGCCGGAUCGUGGCGCUCUGGGCAGCGAGGACGAGGACGAGAUUGGCGACGAUGGCGACAUGCUGAACUGGGCUCACCUGGGUCGCUUUGCGUGUAUACCCGCCGUUCGCCGGCCUGCCCUCCCCGGCUUUCUCCUGGGCCCGUUGUCGAUUGAGAAGAAGGCCCGCAAGAUCACCAAGAGGUCGGCCCCCCUUAGGGUUAAUAAUCUUUUGGAAGUCAGACCAGAGGAGCUCAGGGCAGAAGACUUGAAGAAGUCGGACAAAAACGACCUGCCCUCGAUCUGCAGGAAGAUUCAUGUGCAGCUGGAAACGGCGCAGCAGGUCGCCCAGGAUGCGGUGGAGGACGCGAUCGAUAACCUUAGCGAGGAUCCCACGCCUGAGGAGCAGAGAGCUUUGAUGGACCGCUACGCGCUGCGGUCGACUGGAGGCAUCGACUUGCUCCGCUUCGUGGUCAACCCGUAUUCGUUCGGUCAGACGGUCGAGAACAUGUUCUAUGUCAGCUUCCUCAUUCGGGAAGGGAGUGUCAGGCUCGAGUUUGACGACGAUGGCCUCCCAUCGAUAGAACCGGUUCGAAGAAAUUCGUCGGCAGAGCCAUCUCGCUCGAAGGCCGCCAUGCGACACCAAGCCAUCAUGUCCAUUGACAUGGCGACUUGGCGCGACAUCAUCGACGCGUUCGACAUUAAAGAACCCAUGAUCCCGCACCGACAGGAGGAAGUCCAACAAGGACCCGGCGCACGGGGUUGGUACAGCUGA